CUCAGCUGCGGGCGCAGACGGAUGGCGUCACCACGGCGCGCUCAGUCACCAGAGCCAACCCAGGCUGUCACCGGAAGAUCUCUUGGCUCCUUUUCUCUCUGUGUUUUCCCCACCCCUAAAAGACUGACUCCAAACUCAGAGUUCCGCCACGCUCGACAGAAGGGUUUACCGCGUGAGCGGCGCAACAGGGAAAGGCUCAGGCGGCGGCAACUGCUGAUUGGCAGCAAAGGGGUUCACUCCCUAUCGCCUGCUCGAACUGAACCAGCCUAGCCAAUCAGAACGAGAACUGACAAAAACGACCCAAUCCUGGAGCUGGGCUGAGGGAGGGGGCGGGAACAAGUGGCCCAGGUGGACUUGGGACCUCCUGGGAAGCUGAUUUGCGGAUGCUUCUGACUCUGCUGCAGUAGUACUGGGUCGUCAGCUUCCUCAAAAAAUCAGAACUUCGCUGCCCGUGGCGGCACCCACCUUUAAUCCCAGCACUCAGGAGGAAGAGGCAGAUGGAUCUCUGUGAGUUCGAGGCCAGCCUGGUCUAGGUAGAGUUCCAGACUGGCCACAUAGCAGAGCGCCCUCUCUUUGAGGGGAGUCAUGAGCCGCUUCCUGAAUGUGCUACGAAGCUGGCUGGUUAUGGUGUCCAUCAUAGCCAUGGGGAACACGCUCCAGAGCUUCCGAGACCACACUUUUCUCUAUGAAAAGCUCUACACUGGCAAACCAAACCUUGUGAAUGGCCUCCAAGCCCGGACCUUUGGGAUCUGGACGCUGCUCUCUUCAGUGAUUCGCUGCCUCUGUGCCAUUGACAUCCACAACAAAACACUCUAUCACAUCACACUGUGGACAUUCCUCCUUGCCCUGGGACACUUCCUCUCGGAGUUGUUUGUAUUUGGAACAGCGGCUCCCACAGUUGGUGUGCUGGCACCCUUGAUGGUAGCAAGUUUCUCAAUCCUGGGUAUGCUAGUUGGGCUCCGGUACCUAGAAGCAGAACCAGUAUCCAGACAGAAGAAAAGAAAUUGAGGCCAACCUUGCCAGCUCUGAAACAUCAUGGUCUUCCACCUUUGCUCUCUUUAUUCACCCUCUGUCCUUAAAUCAUUUCCUUUUGGCUGCAUCCUUAGCUCCUUCUCUAGGUUCAGCAUCUUAAGCAUUUGAGAGGGUUUUUGUUUUUUGAUUUUGGGGUUUUUUUAUGUUUUUAAAUUUUUUAAGGUAUUAAUAAGAAAUUACAUAACAUGUAUGUAUAAUUUAGAGUCAUUUCAAAAAUACUCUGUUAGACCUUCAAAGUCAAGGAAUUUUGAGAAGCUCCCUAAUGUGUCCUCCCCCUAGCUAUAACCCCUCCAGGCUCCAUUUUCUGUUCUUUUUGCUUUUUGUUGUUUGUUUCUCUGCAUUCCUUGAUUUGACUUGUGUGGUGGGAGCAGAACCGUGAAACUGCAGCUGCUGCCUGCCCAGAGCAGCUGCAAGCAAGGGCUGCUUCAUGGGGCUAAGCACAUAUCUGGGCUCCUUUCUACGCUGGACCCAAGACUCGGAACCAGCCAAGGCACAGGCAGUUCUUCUGAGAAGGGCUGCCCUCGAGCAGGACCAGGCUCCUCUUAUCUACAAGUGGAUGAAGGUUGGAAGAGUCUGGGCUGUUUUUAGACAUUUUGGUCAGUUGUUUUUGUGUAAUGCAUUUUGUAAUAAAUAGGGAAACCUUCUAUUCUG